AACCACGAAAGUUAUGCAACUUCCAAAGAUUCCCCACCUGGCUUUUAGGCUUUUAGCAGUUAGCCUCGCCACUGAAUUACUCCACAUGCUUUCUGCGUUAUCAACUCAACCCCAACAAACAAAACUCUGAACAGAAAGCUCAAAACUUUGCUUUCUUAUUGUCACUUUCAUGGCUGCCCAUUUCCCUUUACUUCACGCCACUUCAGUCAAAUUUCGCACAAACGCCAUCUUCGGCUCACCGUCGUCGGCUAAACUGAAUGGGACGGUGAAGUUUCGUACGGUGACGUGCUGUUCUUCAAAUGGGAGGGAGCGUGAGCCGGGAGAUGGUGCAGUGAAGAGAGUGGAGCGGCUUCUUGAAGAGAAACGGAGGGCUGAGUUGUCUGCUCGGAUUGCUUCUGGAGAAUUUACAGUAGAGUCAUCUGGUUUUCCAUCAGUACUGAAGAAUGGUUUGUCGAAAUUGGGUGUUCCUCGUGAAAUUUUGGGAGUUCUAUUUGAUUGGAUUGAUGCUAAUGAAGACUAUCCAAAGAUCCCGGAAGCAAAAGGGCAGAUUAGUGCUAUCCGAAGUGAGGCAUUCUUCAUUCCCUUGUAUGAGCUUUACCUCACAUAUGGUGGAAUUUUCAGGUUGACAUUUGGACCAAAGUCCUUUUUGAUUGUAUCUGAUCCUUCCAUUGCUAAACAUAUAUUGAAAGACAAUUCGAAGUCAUACUCAAAGGGUAUUUUGGCCGAGAUUCUAGAUUUUGUCAUGGGCAAGGGACUGAUCCCUGCAGAUGGGGAGAUAUGGCGUGUUCGACGUCGUGCCAUAGUCCCAGCAUUGCAUCAAAAGUAUGUGGCAGCUAUGAUUAGCCUGUUUGGGGAAGCAACAGAUAGGCUUUGCAAGAAACUGGAUGCUGCUGCAUCUGAUGGAGAAGACGUUGAGAUGGAAUCUCUUUUCUCCCGUUUGACAUUGGACAUAAUUGGCAAGGCAGUAUUCAAUUAUGAUUUUGAUUCACUAACAAAUGAUGCUGGGAUAGUUGAGGCUGUUUAUACGGUUCUGAGAGAAGCAGAAGAUAGAAGUGUUUCACCAAUACCAGUCUGGGAGAUCCCAAUUUGGAAAGAUGUUUCACCACGGCUAAGGAAAGUCAACACAGCCCUCAAAUUGAUUAAUGAUACACUUGAUGACCUAAUUGCAAUAUGCAAGAGAAUGGUUGAUGAAGAGGAGCUACAAUUUGGUGAGGAGUACAUGAAUGAACAAGAUCCCAGUAUUCUCCACUUUCUCUUGGCUUCAGGAGAUGAUGUUUCUAGCAAGCAACUCCGUGAUGACUUGAUGACAAUGCUUAUAGCUGGGCAUGAAACAUCAGCUGCAGUUUUAACAUGGACCUUUUAUCUCCUAUCCAAGGAACCUGCUGUGGUGUCAAAGCUCCAGGAUGAGGUUGAUUCUGUUUUAGGAGAUCGAUUUCCAACCAUUGAAGACAUGAAGAAACUUAAGUACACAAAUCGAGUAAUUAAUGAAUCCUUAAGGCUCUACCCGCAGCCACCUGUCUUAAUUCGUCGUUCUCUUGAGAAUGACACACUCGGGAAGUAUCCUAUAAAAAGGGGUGAGGAUAUCUUUAUUUCUCUUUGGAACCUUCAUCGUAGUCCUCAUCUUUGGGAUGAUGCCGAUAAAUUUAAUCCAGAAAGAUGGCCUCUAGAUGGACCCAAUCCAAAUGAAACAAACCAAAAUUUCCGUUACUUGCCCUUCGGUGGAGGACCACGGAAAUGCAUAGGCGAUAUGUUUGCUUCAUUUGAGACAGUUGUAGCAGUCGCGAUGCUUGUUCGGCGAUUUAACUUUCAAAUAGCUCUUGGAGCUCCUGCAGUUAAGAUGACCACCGGGGCAACAAUCCACACGACGGAGGGAUUAAAGAUGACGGUAACACGAAGAAUAAAACCCCCCAUAAUGCCAAUACUGAAAGAAGAUGCAACAGUCAGCUCUUCCAAAGGGGAAACAACAAAACAAGAUAACAAAAGUGAGAUUUCUCCUGCUCAUUCCAACUAACUAUAGCCUUGCUACAUUUUUAGCAUACAGCACAAGAAACAUAAUCUUGGGAACCCGAAACAAAAAGGAAAAAAAAAAAAAAAAA